AUGGCAACUACUGAGCCGACCACCGCCGCUCAGCCAACGACAAAUAGCUCCAGCGAGAGUAUGCAAUCUCCCGCGAGCUUGAACAAAGACGCCUCGGAUCAUGUCGAGCAGGUCCACACCAACGAAAGGGUGCCUGGCCAUCCUGGCUACUAUGAGAAGGAUGGUCUGCGGACAUAUGGCGAUGAUGAAGACCACGACCAUGAGCCUCCUAUGACCGGCAAGAGAGUUCUGGCACUUGUAGCACAAGCCUUCCUCUGGACUGGUUCCCAAAUUCCAGUAUACAUCCUCGGUGGCGUCCCACCAUAUAUUUAUGCAGAUAUUGGUGGAGUUGAUCGCUGGAUUUGGUUCGUUCUGGCCUAUUUAUUGGCCCUUGCUGCUAUCUGCCCCUUCGUUGGCUCAAUCUCCGAUCUCAUCGGGAGACGCUGGGUCGCCUUAGGUGGCUCUGCUCUGCUUGUCAUUGCCAUGAUCAUUUGCGGCGUUGCCAAAAACAUGAAUGUCUUCAUCGUCGGCAUGACCUUUUCUGGGGUUGGUGCCGGAAUUUGUGAACUUACUUCUUUGGCUGUUACUGCCGAGCUCGCCCCUACUCGCUCAAGAGGAAAGUACGUCGCCGUCUUGGUGUUCACCAUUGUGCCAUUCUGUCCAUCCGUCCUAUGGGCUCAAUUGAUUGCCAGCCACGCCGGAUGGCGCUAUUGCACUCUCCUCUGCGGCAUCUGGGCAGCUAUUGGUUUCUUCGGCACCUUGUUUUUCUACUUCCCACCACCUAGACCAAAUUCCCGGGGCUUGUCCAGGAGAGAAAUCAUCAGAGAAGUUGAUUUUGUCGGCGGUGGACUUUCCAUCACAGGCAUGAUCGUCUUCCUGGCUGGUCUGCAAUGGGGCGGAUACCAAUAUCCUUGGAGUUCGGCUCAUGUUCUGGCUCCUCUUAUCCUUGGCGGCUUCCUACUCUUCAUUGCAUUCCCAAUUUGGGAGAUCAAGUUUGCUAAAUUCCCCAUGUUCCCAUCAAGGAUGAAGAAGGAGGCUAGAACCCUCUCCCUGACUCUGAUCAUCACGGCAAUCUCCGGUGCCAACUUCUUUUCUGUCAUCAUGUUCUGGCCGACUCAAGCCUUCAAUGUCUAUGGCCAUGAUCCCGUCGGUGUCGGAAUCCGAGGUAUCCCGAUUGGCUUCAGCAUUUUGGCCGGUGCCUGUAUCGUCCUAUGGCUCCUCUCGGUCUUCCGAGGACACAACCGAGAGCUAUUGGUUGUUUCGUCCAUCCUCAUGACGGCUGGCUGCGGCGCUAUCUCCAUUGCAACCCGCGAUAACCUCAAUCAGCUCUGGGGACUUUUGGUCCUUGCUGGCCUUGGAAUUGGCGGCAUCGUCGUUCCUGCGUCGAUCAUCACUACCAUCAUUUGUCCUGAUGACAUUAUCGCAACCAUCACCGCUCUCACUCUCUCAAUCCGUGUCAUUGGCGGAUGCAUCGGCUAUACCGUCUACUAUAAUGUCUUUGUCAACAAAUUCGUUCCUAAUGCCACCAAAUACAUUGGUGGCACCAUGGCCUUGGAGUUGAACAUCACCAACGUCACAUAUAUCACUCACGCUAUUGAGUAUACAGCUGCAAGCUUGCUUCCAGCACUCAAGACCAUCCCCGGUAUUGGCGACAAUGAGACUGCAUACCAAAUGGUUGUGGUUGCUGGCCAGACUGCCUAUGCUGAGAGUUAUCAAUACGUAUACCUCACCAGCAUUGCAUUUGGAUCCAUCAGUAUCAUUGCUGCCUGCUUCCUUGGAAACAUCGACAAGUAUAUGGAUGAACACGUGGCUGUGGUCAUGAAAUAG